AUGGAUGGUCCUUUAGAACAUAGUGAUUCUGACUCAGGAGAAAGCUGGACUUUACUUGAGCCUACUACGAGUCUUGCCGAAGAUACUCUGGAACUAAUAGAUCGUCCAAUAAAAAUUGAAAAAGAAAAAGUGGAAAGUCAUGAUAAAGAUGAAGACACAGAUGGUAUAUCCAUUAUAAGUGACAGCGAUCCCGACUCGGUUGCUCCUUGCCAGAUGCAUUUUGAAACUUUGUAUGAAGAAGAUCAGGAACCAAAGACCCACUGCCCUCUGAAUUUAUCAUUUCCUGAACAUGACGAUGAACAUAUCAGAAACGAUGAUUUUCUAGGAAUGGAUACUGGAAAGCAUAAAACCUAUGUACACAGAAGAAACAAGAGAUUGAGCACGGUUUUGAACAUAAUAGUUCUCGGCAGUGUAAUUACAGCAGCAGGAGUAGCCAUCGGUCACAUGUGGGGAGCCAAAACUGACUGCUUGAUGAAUUCAACACCAAAUGUCAAUAACAUUUUGUCCAGUCUGUAUAAAUUACAAGAGGAAAAUGCCUAUUUACGGAGCAAACUUAAAGAAUUGACAGCCAAUCAAAAUUUCCAAUUCAAAGGGUCUAAAAAUAACAGAUGUGCAAAAGUAUUUGAAGAAUCUUUAAGUUACGAAAAAAAUUAUAAACCGACGAGAUGUGUUGAUGAUUAUACAGAAUUUCCUUUAAAAGUACAGAAUAACAAUAAUAAAUUUAACGAACCUGGCUCGGAAAAGGAGUUCAAAGGGAAUAUUGAUAAAUUGAAAAAUAUUUAUCUGGAAAAUAAGCAUUGGUUGGAUGACGAAAUAGCCUUGAGACUUCAACAGGAAGAACAAUCUCUUAAGAGAAUGAGGCACAGUCGUCAAGCAACUAAAUAUAAAAAAAAUUAUGAAGACAAAGAACCACAGGAACAGGUAAAGACAGAAAAUAAUGAAAACAUUUUCAAAGGACCCAAUGAACAAAAUGAAUCUACUGUUAGAUUUGACACACCAAAAAUUAUUAGCUAUGCGGACUCACUGAAUGUUUCAAACAACACCGGAAAGAAAGAAAGCAACUUUAAAGUUAACACCAACACCUCAAAUUAUCCUAGAAGCAAAAGGAUUAAAAAGGAGAAGAUCAUCGAAAGUGGUUAUGAGAAUCCCAUUAGUGAGGAAGAAUUGGUCAAAGACACCAGAUAUAAUGGACCAAAAUAUAAGAGAGAAAGGAAAAAACACGACCGUCAGAAGAUAUACAAGAAGCAGAAGAGGAGGAAUAAAUAUGAACAGUGGGAAAUGAAGGAGGGAUUCAUGAAGGAUUACGACGAGCUCUCGGAAACAUCUCAAGACAAGGUGGCAGAUACUCAAGGCCACGAGAAAGUUGAAACCUUUGAUAAGAAAUGUGGAAGCAAUCAUUGUUACAAAGACAGUGAGACGAAAUUUGACAAGAAACAGAAGCAUAUUGAGAACAGAGAGGGACAUGUUAAGGAUUCUAGAUCAUAUCGUGCUGAGAUGAGGAGGCUGGAAGAGGAAUUAUUCGGUGAAGAAACAAACUCAGCCGGUUGGUACUUCCGCCGGAUGCAACGUAGGGAACAAUGCCGCGCCAAGGGUACCAACAACACCAACCAAAAGUUCUCCAAACGCAAUAUGAAUUAUAAAAUGAAACACUAA